UCCACGGCCAUGAUUGGGAUCAAAGGUCACGCUCUAGCCUCGUAUUCAGUUCGGGUUUCUGCAUCCCCCUCAAAUGGCUUACCCAACACGAGAAAAAUUAUAUUACCGUUCCGCCGACACCAGCCUACUCCUCGCAAACUUCCCUAUCACCAUGGAAAUCCAAUAUAUAAAGCCAUGCACUUUUACUGAUCACGUCAAGCACGCCUAGUCAUAACGCAAUUCAUCUCCACCGCAAUUAGUCCUCCAAACUCUUAUUCAAUACCCCCAAGUCUCCCUAACUACCACCACCACCAUGCAUCUCCCAGCACUCACCCUCCUCCUAACCUCCUUCGCCGCCCUCACCACCGCUCUGCCCAGCGAGGACGCUCUGAAGGCAGACCCCCUGGCCCCGCGCGCCAACUGUGAUAAGAAAGCCUGCAAGUGCACAGGCGUGUCGAACCCGGGUAUCUACUGCGGGUGGUGUCCGCAGGUGACGUCUGGGUGGAACGUGGACCACGCGUAUGAAUGUGCUACGAACGGGAAGUGUGAGGACUAUGGGUGUGUGAUAUCCGCACGUAAGGUCAAAUGCAAAUCAUCUGACGGGAUGAUAGGUGUGCGACGAGUCAUUGCGGGGCGGGGAGGGGGCCGUGUGAUGGGCGGGAUAAGUGGUAGAGAAAAGAUUAUGGAGACGGGUGUUUGGGGGGAUGGGGCUGGGGAAUUUCACAUCUUUUACACGCUAUCACGCACACUCUUUUGGCACGGGUUCAAGGAUUCACUGGUCGUGGGCAGGCGGACCAGAAAGUGCGAAUCGAUGCCGCGAGGCUGGAGGGACACGGACUGGGAAUUGAUAUUCCAGUCGAGAUUCUUUCGCCGUUGUGAAAGCUCGGAUGCUCGAAUUCCGACAUUCAUUUGAACAGCUACCGUCUUAUUGCAACAAGUGGUAUAAUCUCGCAAUGU